AUGGCGCCGCUGGUCGGUUACGGCAGCAGCGAUGAGGAGGAAGACGAUGUCCAGUCACCCGCGGCUCCAGCUGAGGAGAUAAAAGAGAUUCAAAAUGAAGCUGCAAUUGAGACGCCACAGGAAGAAGAUGGGGAAGAGAAGGAGUCCCACGUCUCACCACCAUCACCACCACCCCAGACAGAGCAGUCUACUCCAGCGCCACAGAUAGGACCAGUAAUGCCACCAGAUUCAGCUACCAUGGGCCCAAGUCUACCGCCAACAGACCAGGUGGAAGCCUAUCCAGAGGAGAUGGACCAGGACCAGGACACGCAAGGAGACCAAGGCCAACCGCCAUCAUCACCCUACUCAGCCAACCGCGCCCUGCUACACCAACUCACCCUUCCCACAGUCCCAAACCUCGACAUUCCACCAUCACCACCUCCAGGCACACCCACAUCAGACUCAAGACACGCAGCACUCACAGCCAAGUUCGACAAGUUCCUCGAGCUCAAGCGCACCAAGGGCGUGCACUUCAACGCUCGCAUCGCAGACUCUCACGCCUUCCGCAAUCCGGAGCAGACCGACAAGCUACUGGGCUUCAUUGGCAUCGACACUAAGUUCGACAGGGACGUUGGCGCCGGCGCCAGCCAGUACGCCACCACUCUGCCCGCUGAGCUCUGGGAUCCUGCUGGCUUCCCUGCCUGGGCGUACCGCGGCCAGCUACGGAGGGCGCAGGAGAAAGCGUCUAAGGAGCGGGCAAGGGCCCAGGGCGAGGCGGUACAAUUUGUUCCGGCGGCGAAUCCUUAG